GCUAGAAACAUCAUUCAGCUUUUGUUCGUUGCAGUAAAACAAUUAAACCUUUUAACCAUCAUCAAGAUGUUCAAGAUCUUUGUUGCUCUGGCAGCAUUGGUGGCUGUGGCAGCCGCAGAUGAUGAUUACUACGCAUAUCCCAGCUACAAGUUCGAGUAUGGAGUAAAGGAUCCUCACACCGGAGACUACAAGAGCCAGUGGGAACAUCGGGACGGAGAUGUCGUCAAGGGAGCAUAUACCCUUCAUGAGGCCGACGGAACUGAGCGAGUGGUUGAGUACUCGUCCGACAAGCACAACGGCUUCCAGGCUCAUGUGAAGCGAGUGGGCCAUGCUCACCACCCGGAAGUGUAUCGACACCAGGGAGGAUAUGAAGGAUCAUACGAUCAUGGAUACGGUCACAGCUACAGCAAGCUGCAUAAGUAUAAUUAAAUAAAGAGAUUUGAUCUUGGCAAUAAAACUGUAAAGUUAGUUCAAAUGAA